GUUGCGAUACUCCACACACACGCGAUGGCUGUGCAGAAAAUCGUUCGCAUUGCUAUGCUCAAUACUGACACUCCUGUUCCUAAUGUAUAUUCGAAACGCGGGACUUAUGGAAACAUUUUUCAUCAUUUGCUGCUCGCUGCAGCACAAAGAAUUGAUUCAAACAUCCAUAUUCAGUCAGAAGAUUUCGACGUGGUGUUGGGAAAUUAUCCAAAGUCGCUCUCUGAUUUUGACGCGAUUUUGAUCACUGGAUCUGCUUCUUCUUCAUAUGACUCAUCCGACUGGAUUCGGCGACUAGAUGAGUACAUUGAAAAUGUCUACAAUAAUCACCCAAAUGUAAGGAUAUUUGGAAGCUGCUUUGGUCACCAAAUCGUGUGCCAGAGCUUGCUUAGACAGCAUGGAGUUUAUGUGGAGAAAGACCCAAACGGCUGGGAAUUGGGCGUCAAGGACAUCGAGUUGAACAAGAGAUUCUUGGACCGGAUGUUGCAGCAGAAGGCUGAAGAUACCAAGCAAUGUCCAAUUCCGAAGGAAACUAGCACCACGAGAAGCGGGAAUGCGAAAACAGACAUGCGUCUUCAAUUCGUACAUGCAGACCACGUCAAAAUUCCAAUGGCAGGACUACCCUCAGACUGGAUAUUGGUUGGAAGCACGCAGCACUGUGCGGUGCAGGGCUUAUAUCAACCCGGGCAUGUCCUGACAUACCAAGGACACUUUGAGUUUGACCGCUUCAUCAACACUGAAACUCUUAAAGUUUUUGGCGCGUCCUGGGAGCCGGAACGACUUCAAGCUGCGCUUCAUGCGAUAGAUGCAGACGACGACUCGGAAUUGGCAGCGGACAUGGCAUUAAGGUUUUUGGCUGGAUUGGAUAUUACCUCAGUAGACGCUGAAUUACAUAGUGGUCUGUUGACACCUCCGGAAGAGUGUAAUUGAUAUUCGAAAACGGCCUUGUGCAAUAAUAUUAAGAUUAAGACAACUUG